AUGCCCCAACUCACCGAACCAGCCAACCUCCCCCCAGCCCCAUUUAAUUCCACCCCCUCGAUCUUCCCCAACACGACCCUCCGCCACACCCUCCGCCUCACCCAACCCGCCCAAACCAUCCGUCUCCGUCUCUCCAACGCCUUUGGCAGUACCGACCUCCCCAUCACCUCUGUAGCCAUCUCCGUCCCAGCCAACAACACCCUCGGCAGCGCAUCCAUCAUCCCGGGUACCACAACCCCUUUAACCUUCGACGGAGACGCCUCGAUCCUCGUUCCAGUAGGGAGUCUCAUCGUCUCAGACCCAAUCACCCUCCCGAAACAAGCGGGUACGACACUAACAGUGGACUUGUACCUGGAGAGCGGGCAGAACGGGACAGAUAUCACGUCGCAUCCGGGAAGUCGGACGACGUCGUGGAUGGGCUGGCCCGACCUCCUCCUCCCAUACCUCCACACCCCCAACUCACCAACAACCACCCUCUCCCUCCUCAACCAAGCCGCCGGCGGCAACCGAAUCCUCCACGACUCCCUCGGCCCAAACACCCUCUCGCGCAUCGACCGCGACGUGCUCGCACACUCCCACAUAACGCACACGAUCGUCUUCGAAGGCGUCAACGACAUCGGCACAGCAUCUACCUCCCGCACCACCCAGCAAAUAGUAGGCGAUAGAAUCAUCAUGUCCUACAAACAGAUCGUCACGAGGCUGCAUGCAGCAGGGAUAAAGGUGAUCGGCGCGACGAUCACGCCGUUCGGGACACCGGCGAAUUCGUCCGUCGUGCAGCCGUACUCGGAUCCGGAACGGGAGAAGACGAGACAGAGGGUCAAUGGGUGGAUACGGGAGUCGGGGGUGUUUGAUGGGGUGGUUGAUUUUGAUCGGGCGGUUAGGAGAGAUGAUGGGGCUGGGAGGGAUUUGUUGAAGGAGGAAUUUGAUAGUGGGGAUCAUUUGCAUUUGAAUCCCAGGGGGUAUGAGGCGAUGGCUAGGGCUUUUCCUGUGGAGUUAUUGGAUUAA